CCUUUAAAGAACCGAAAUGUCCCUGCAGGCAAGAAACAAGAAAUCAUCUCGCUGCAUUGUGGGGAAAAUCCGCUAUUUUAAGAGACAGAAAUAUUAAAAAUUGACAUUGAGGCUCAACAGCUUCAAAAGCCAGGCAUAUUUUUUGCAGUGCGGCUAAUGCUGAAGUCAUUCUCCGUCUCAUACAACAGCAGCCAAGGACAAGAGAGCAUCAGCAGAGAGAGGGAAAAGAGGAGAGAGAAAGGUGCCUCCUCUCGCCAUUGCGAUAACUGUCUCGGUGUUGAAUCGAUGUCGGUGUCCGUGCUGCUCUAACAGGAGGCGAUAGGAGUGGCGGAGACGCGGGGGAUUUAACUUCACACACGGACAAACCUAUGCGUGGAUUUCGGCUCUUUUUCCCUUCGCCAAUGCAAAAGGAAAUAUGCAGCGAAGCUUCACCAUUCUCUACACCAGUUUACUGGGGAUGUGCUUGGGAUCAAGCUCAAGUUUUCCAAGUAACAUCAAUAUAGGAGGAUUGUUCCCAACCGAAUCGCACGAAUAUGAGGUUUUUCGUUUCGCCCUCUCUCACCACCAGGACAUCCCCAAACUGGUGCCGCAGGUGGAUAUGGUCAAGAUGGGGAAUAGCUUCUCCAUGACAUAUGCCUUUUGCUCCCAGUUCUCCAAAGGUGUGUACGCCAUCAUCGGCCUGUAUGACAGGAAGACAGUCAACAUGCUCAUGUCCUUCUGCGGAGCGCUGCACGUCUGCUUCGUCACGCCAUCCUUCCCCAUCGAGACGGCCAACCAGUUUGUCAUCCAGCUGAGGCCUGAGCUCCAGGACGCCCUGGUGGGAGUGAUUGACCACUACGGGUGGACCAAGUUUGUCUACAUGUACAGCUCUGACUCAGGCCUGUCAGUGCUGCAGAAGGUCCUGGACACAGCAGCGGAGAGGAACUGGCUGGUGACCUCAGUCAAUGUGGAGACCAUGACGGAGGCCUCCUUCUUGAAAGUGUUCCAGGAUUUGGACAAGAGGAAGGAGGGCCAGAUUAUCAUCGACUGUGAGACAGAGAGGCUCACUGGCAUCCUGAAAAAGAUUGUUGAACAAGGCAAGAAUGCAAAGAGCUACCAUUACAUCCUGGCUAACCUGGGUUUCCUGGACAUCGACCUGACGGACCUGAGGAAAGGUGGGGCGAACAUCACCGGCUUCCAGCUCGUCAACAACUCUGAACCCACCGUCAGCCGUGUGGUCCAGCAGUGGAUGGAGUUUGACAACAAAGACUCCAAAGUGCCCAAGAGUGGACUCAAAUACACAGGCGCUUUAACAUAUGACGGAGUGAAAGUCAUGUCCACGGCCUUUCAGAAUUUAAGGAGACAGAGGAUAGACAUCUCUCGCAGGGGCAACGCUGGAGAGUGUCUUGCCAACCCACCAGCUCCCUGGGGACAGGGCAUAGACAUCCAGAGAGCCUUGCAGCAGGUCCGCAUAGAUGGAUUGACUGGUCACAUUCAGUUCAAUGAGAAAGGCCGCAGAACCAACUACACUGUUAGCGUCAUGGAGCUGGCCCCCUCUGGACCAAAGAAGGUUGGCUACUGGAAUGAGGAUGAAAAGUACGUGACUACCGCCAGCUUGACGAGAAGCAGCAACGAUACUUACGGACUGCAGAACAGAACUUACAUAGUCACCACUAUCUUGGAGUCUCCAUAUGUGAUGCUGAAGAAGAACCACGAGCAGCUUGUGGGAAAUGACAAGUACGAGGGCUACAUUGUGGAGCUGGCUGCAGAGAUAGCCAAACAUGUGGGCUACCAGUACAAACUGAAGAUUGUUUCAGAUGGCAAAUAUGGAGCCAGGGAUCCAGAAACCAAGAUGUGGAAUGGCAUGGUGGGAGAACUGGUGUAUGGGAAAGCAGAUGUGGCUGUGGCUCCUCUGACCAUCACCCUGGUCCGUGAAGAAGUGAUCGACUUCUCCAAGCCCUUCAUGUCCCUGGGUAUCUCCAUUAUGAUCAAGAAACCCACCAAAUCCAAACCUGGCGUGUUUUCGUUCCUGGACCCGCUGGCUUACGAGAUCUGGAUGUGCAUUGUGUUUGCCUACAUCGGCGUCAGCGUCGUUCUGUUCCUUGUCAGUCGAUUUAGCCCGUAUGAGUGGCACGCUGAGGACUAUGAGGAGGGCGCUGAGCCGCAGACUCCCGACGCAGCAUCAGCAUCCAACGGGGUGCAGCAGGGCCAGACUCCAACACAACAGAACACCAACCAGCAGAGUCCCGAGCAGACCAAUGAGUUCGGCAUCUUCAACUCCCUUUGGUUCUCACUUGGGGCCUUCAUGCAACAGGGCUGCGAUAUCUCACCUCGCUCUCUGUCUGGCCGAAUUGUUGGAGGCGUCUGGUGGUUCUUCACCCUCAUCAUCAUCUCGUCCUAUACUGCCAACUUGGCUGCCUUCCUGACAGUGGAGAGGAUGGUGUCUCCUAUAGAGAGUGCUGAGGAUUUGGCCAAGCAGACGGAGAUCGCCUAUGGAACACUGGAUGCCGGCUCUACCAAAGAAUUCUUCAGGAGGUCGAAGAUCGCUGUGUUUGAGAAGAUGUGGUCCUACAUGAAGGCGGCCGACCCGUCUGUGUUUGUCAAGACCACAGAUGAGGGAGUGAUGAGAGUAAGGAAGUCCAAGGGCAAAUAUGCCUACCUGUUGGAGUCCACAAUGAACGAGUACAUAGAGCAGAGGAAACCAUGUGAUACAAUGAAGGUGGGAGGAAACCUGGACUCUAAAGGUUAUGGCAUCGCCACACCCAAGGGCUCCCCUCUCAGAAACCCUGUAAACCUGGCAGUGUUAAAACUGAACGAGCAGGGCCUCUUGGACAAAUUGAAAAACAAGUGGUGGUACGACAAGGGAGAAUGCGGCAGCGGGGGCGGGGACUCCAAGGACAAGACGAGCGCUCUGAGCCUCAGCAAUGUGGCGGGAGUCUUCUACAUCCUGAUCGGCGGCCUGGGCCUGGCCAUGCUGGUGGCGCUGGUGGAGUUCUGCUACAAGUCCAGGACCGAGUCGCGCCGAAUGAAGCAAUCCAUCAACGACGCCAUGCGCUGCUCCACCCUGACCAGGAUGAGUGGCAACGGAGCGGCGGAGAGAACGGACGCAUCCUCACCCACGAUCCCCAAGACCGUUCAGACGCUGCCCUGUAUGAGCCACACCGCCAGCAUGGGACUGGGUGCCUCUGGCUGUGAUCAUCACGUGACUGUGCUGGUGGCGAGGAAUAGGCAGGGUGGGGCAGAAGAAGAGAACAAGACUCUAAUGACCUCAAAAAUCAUGGCUGUCCGGUUUGACCCAUCUAUUCUCCUGGCUGUCAAUGCGCCCAACUUGAACAAGACUUAACCUACUGCCAAAAUGCACUCUCGAACCGCUCCUUACAAACUCCGAACAGAGACUCGCAACAUUUUUUUAAUUAGUGGAUGUUUGAAAAAGAGAUAUGGAAAAAGAGAAGGGAAGUGUGCUGCAAUAAAGAAGCCGUCAACGGGGCGUGUUUUUGAAUUUUUUACAGUGUUCAUUUGUGUGGGAAAAAAAAGAACUUUAUUCUUCAGUGUGACGCCUGCGCUGUGCCAUUUCGAUGGAGCUGUUGACGUUAGUCUGCGUGUGCAAUAUCUUCACCUCCACUGCUGACCCUGUACUACCUAGAUGCUUUCUGAUGGCUGACGGGACGUGUCUUUGCACAGACGUGGCAGAGGAGAACAAACACUUGUGACUGCUACGAUGAUUUGAUAUUGUUUUGGGACAUUCCCGCUCUCUUUCACUCUCACAUUUACACACCAUUUUGGAAGGACAAAGUGCUCUGUGUAGCAUAGCCAAUUUUUAAUGACAUAGUUUAUGGUUUACACUGUUGUAAUAGCGCAAAGAGCUUCGUCAAAAGUAGUUUGAUUUGAUUUAUCUGAAGGUUAGCGCUGUUUAAAUCAGCGGUUGACCAGGCUACAACAAACAUGCAUUGCUGCUACACCUCAUUUAACACAUCAUGCCUUGUCUUUGUGCCAUAUGACCAUUCUCACAAACGCACACAGAUACACUAUACUCUUGUUGCUACUGGGUCAUUUGUUUGACCGACAGAUAGAUAGAGAGUUUUACUAUUUAAUGAUCACAAAAAAAGUCAGAGGGCAGAUUCAAAAAUUCUAACUCUGACUCUGAGAAAGGUUAUAGAAUAGAGAAAACAAUUACUUUGUGGCUAUGUACAGUACUGAGUGACCUUACACUGUAUUCUACUGUUGUGACAUUCAUAGCAUAUCCGUUGAUAUACUAGGGAGUCUGUUUGCAGCACAUGUUAACGGACAAAGAUCGACAAAUAAUUCAGAUAGAAUCUGGAGAAAUAUUCCUCAAACUAUUGUCGGGGCUGCAUAUUUCACUCUCUCCUGUGAUGUAUUUUCAGCUGUAUUCAGUUUUAAUGAAAUGGGCAGCCGGCUAUUCACCCUCAAUUUCUUGAGAUCCCCCUGCAGAUCAUGCGUGGCCUAUAUAGAAGGGAAGCUGGCCUCCUCUCGCUGUUGCUAGCUGGCUCAGGAAAGAGGUGUGACUGAAACACUUGGUGUGAGUGACAGAUUCACACUCACUAUUAUCUGUGCUUAUUGGAAGUCAAGGUUACGGGUGGUCGCCGCACUGCUCGGCUGUAGACUUCUCCCUUUCAGCUCGUGUCAAGUGAACAGAAAUCAGAGUGGCACGCCCUGGACAGUAGAGGGCAGAGAUGACACAGGGCAGACAGACUGGGUUUGGCAUGUAGACCUUUAAGGAAAAUUCCACGUGAGAACAUGUAUGAUGAUGUACUUCUUGGCCUGUUUUGUCAGCUUGUUAUCGGCUCGACAACAUCAGAAAACAAUCCUUAAAUCAUGCUGUGAUUUAGAAUGAAAGGACAAUUUAGAGGAAAGAAUAUUUUUCUCAUUGUCAGAUUAUCCCAUGAAAGGACAUGACACAGUGGGUUGUCGUGUAUUCUAUGAAGCAGUGAGGAUUUAGCAAUAUUUGACACAAAAUGUGAUGACAGUUGUGUGGGUUUGAGGUCGUGUUUAUUUAUUUAAUUUAUCUGUUUGUUUGACAGGGACAAUGCACAGCGUCUUAGCAGUACCAGGGUUAGCUAUAAGCUAAUUUACAACUGUAGUCCCUGGGCAAGAAACGGAAGAUAACAUCUCUGUUAGGAAGAAAUUAACACUGUAGUAUAAAAACACAGAUACGAGACAGGACAUAUUCACUAUACAGCAAUUACAGCAACAAGUUAAUCUUAUCGUCAAUGUGGUCGGUCACUUCUAAUCAAAUCCUGAUCAAACCACACCAAAGCAAUCCUAAAAAAGCUGGUUAGUUAAAUUUUUGAGUGUUUAACCAGUUUUCCGUAAGUGCAUGCAAUGACUGGCUGGGUGAAAAAGAUUUGCAAGCCGGGGGAGGGGAAUUACGUAAAGAGAGUCAGUGGCAUAUGGUAGGGCUGGGCGAUAUGACCUUUAAAAAAAAAAAAAAAAUCUCUCAACAAAUCCCAUUCACGAUUAAACAUACAUAUUACCCUGCAAUCAUCAGCACAAAUCUGUGUAUGACAAAAACACCAAAUGAAAUAAGAAAGUAUUCAUUCAAUUAAAUAUUUUUAUUAUAGUUUAUGUCUCCAUGGUCCCAGUGCAACCACACUGCCUGCACUGUCUAUAUUUACACCCCUGUAGAGUGUACAUUUCACUACUUUGUUGGAUGAUAAGGAAACUACUCUGAAUGUGUCACAUAAAACACUUUAAAUUAAUGCUAGUCUGUUUCUGCUACAGAUGUAAAGAGUGGAAACAUAGCUAAUGACUGAUGAGGUCUAUCUGAGUGAAAUAUUUAUAAUCACAGGAGCCAAUUAACAGUAUGGAUCAUCUUUCAUUUUUUAUCUCCAGUUAUCAUCACAGUGGUGUCUCGUGUUAUUUUGAGCUACAGAGAUAAAAUCAGAGUGUAAAUCAGCCUUACUGUGAGCCAUCACUGCGGGAAUUAAAUAAACUUUGCACAAUUAAAAUGCAGCUAACUACGAUCUGAGCUGCCGCUAACAUUAACUCAGCUUGUUUCUCCAAUAACUUAUGAUCCAUUCAUCCGGGUAAAAGAUGUAGUUAACGUUAGUUUAAUGUGUUCUGAUCUCCCUACCCUGUCUGUGACACUCAGAGCUAUGCUCCUUAAUUCCCACAGAAGACACACGUAUUUAAAACAGCUCAUAGUUUUAUUUUUUUGAACGUGCAGUGUUUUUCUAAACUGGGAGAUGUAGUUUUUAGCAAAUGUUACUCAAACAGGAGUAAAUAUUGUGUUUGUUGGGGACUAUUUUCAGCAGCGGAUUAACUCAUAUUUGGUGUGUUAAUGACUAUAUAUAGUAGCCUCCAAAUAAACUAACAGUGCCCAUGCUCAUAAGGUAAAGGUAGAAAUGUCAGACGGUGCAGUGCUGUGGCUCAAUGUUUUGUAAGAUCAAUUCAUUGUUGGUUUUGGUCUUUUCAUGGGAAAUGUUGACAAUAAGAAAAAUAUUGAAUGUCACCAGCCUUAUCCUUUAAACUCAACACUCUUACAGGUGAAAAAAAAACACUGUUGAAGCAGGAAAGAAACCAAUAAUCGUUGUUCACGAUGCAUCACAGCCAGAGGCUAUGUAAAGGGUACAUUCUGUGCCUUCUGCCAGCACGAGCAUCUUUUCCUUUUACCACCUACACAAAUAUUCCUCUGCAGAGUAAAACCAUUUCAGGCACCUGGAUGAUCAGAAAUAAUGUAGAAUAUAAAAAAUGAUCAGGGUAAGUCUGAAGCAUGUUUAGGAGGAAGUCCUGAAAUGCACUGAGCAUCAUCAUCACCACACACAGUCGAUGUCUGAGAGCCCGACAGUGUCCAAAAGUGUGGUUUUAUUUAAAGGUGACUGGAAGGUUGUUGCUUAAAAAGGGAUUUUCACUGCUGCCGGAUGCCAGAGGUCAGCUUUAGAUUAUGUACUGCACACUUUAGCCGACCUCUCGUUUCACAGCAGAGGCCAAGCGCCUGUACAAAGGCAGCGCUCAUCCCCUGCUCCCACAGCUGGUCGUGUGUUAUUUUUAUUCUCCUCUUGAGUUUCUGCUUUAAAAGAAAAAAAAAAAAAAAAGGUACCAAAAUUAAUGUAUGACCUCUCUCUUUCUCUACGUCGUCAUACAGGCAAGAAAAAUGGGCAGUCAGAGUUUACUGAAAUCACACAUAUCUCCACCUAUUAUGUAUAUAAAAGGCUUUUCUCUCCCCCCCCAGUGAAAAUGUUUGUUCUCUUCCCGAUCAUGCCUCAGUGUACCUGAAUUAGUUACCUGCUGCGUGAGUACUUUUCCUUUCUGCCUCCAUCUAUGCGUCUUCUUUUGCUGAUGUUGUAUUAAUUAGAACACGGCACAGCACUCUUCAGCGGAGGCUUUACCUUCAGACAGAUGUUUUAUAUGCCAUAACAGAUUUGUAAGAAAAAGAAAACAAACAAAAAAAAAGACACUCAACGUUUGUAUUAUAAAGGAGAGCUGGGGUGCCGCAAAAGUGUUAUACACUUUUAAGAGUGUAAAGAAUAAAACACACACACAUGCACACACACACGCACACACAUACACAGACUGAUGUUAAAUAAUCUGUAGACGCUAAUGUUGUUUAAAGCCAGUUUUGAGUUCAUUUCAUUUUAUUUUGUCGCAAUUUCAAAAAGGAUUUCCUGUUGGUGUUUUUUAAGUGCUUGAAAUUUAACACCAUUUGAAUAUUUCUUUGUCGUUUUCCUUUUUCACAGUAUUUUACUACUGGAAUCUAAUCACCAGAGUUUGUUCACUAGAGACAUCAUCAUUAUUGUUGUUGUUUUUUUUUUUAAACUACAGAAAGGGUGUCAACUGAGUUUUAAAACUAAAAUGAUGGUCAAUAAAUGGGUUCACAGUUUAAAAAAAAAAAAAGACUACAACUAUUAGGAAUAUGACUUUUGAGAAAUAAACUUUUUUUUCUAACCAAAGUGUCCUGGAAGAAAGUCAUCAUGCUUUUGUAACUGAAUAAAGGAAUAAACUAUGUAUA